CUCGAUAAUCGAUAACAAGGAUCCGAGGCUGAACCGCGAUUGCACGUCACGGUAUCGAACUUAGGUACGGAAUACAAGGUGCAUUGAAAAAAAUUACAGAAGAGGCUGCUUUACUUUUAAGUCCCAGCUUUAAGUCCAUUGCACUCAACGAUCUCUCCUGCGAAGCAACUCUACCGAGCUUCAGCAAUUUGCGUCGCAUAAUUAGACAGGAGAAAAUUAGCUAACUCUUUGGCCUAUAUUCAUAUUAAUACUAUUCAGUUCCUAUCAUCACCCACCAGUCGAGCUAAUUGGUGCCCUCCCCCCCCCUCCAAAUCUGUUUCUCGACCCUCAAAUCGUCACAUCCAUCAAAAUGGUCCAAACGAGUACCGCAUUAACGAUAUCCGCCGCCACGGCCGCGACAGGCCUCCUAGCCUAUGCGAUCUACUUCGACUACCAACGUCGUGCAGACCCCAACUUCCGACGAAACUUGCGGCGGGAAGAACGACGACAAGCGCGCGCGGAGAAGGAAGAGGCUGUAUUUCAGACUAAGCAGAAGCGCAAAGACAUUCAGAAGGCCAUCGACCAAGCCACGGAAGAGGGCUUCCCCACCGGCGUCAAUGAGAAGGAACAGUUCUUCAUGGACCAUGUCCAGAAGGGUGAACUACUCGCUGCCGAUCCAUCCAACACACUAGAAGCCGCACUAGCCUUCUACAAGGCUCUCAAGGUAUACCCGACUCCCGGGGACCUAAUUUCUAUCUACGACAAGACUGUCGACAAGCGUGUCCUAGACGUCCUAGCCGAAAUGAUCGCAUACGACAAGAACCUCGACCUAGGCGGGGGCAUCAACCUCUCCGAUCUGCCCAGCGCCGGUCUGGACUAGUAUUCCAUCUCUAGGCUUCAGCGCUCUAGCCCUCCACUCUCCACCAACUUCAAAUAUAUAUUUGGAAAUGGCCCGGUUUCGCUCCUUGCUGCAGACGGGGUUGAUUAAAAAUAAUAAAACACCGUCCGCCAACGAGAAAGCCCUGAGCAUCGGAUUAAAAAGACGACCCAGGUACUAUACACAAACAAACACACACACAAACACACAUGGAUACCUUGUAUGAUAUAUGAUCCGGCGCGGCCGGCUGGGUGGCUGCUGGCCGUAGGCUGCCGGUUAUUCCGCUUUAGAAUAAGGGUGGCUACGUUGUACAUUUUCAUGAUAAUGUCUGGUGGCCGGUAUAGACAAAUUAUGGAUCAUGAUUCUUUCUAU